GCGCGUGCUAGGGAGGCGGGGUCUCGGUGCAAGGGGCGGGGAAGGAGGCGGGGAAGGGGUGGGGUCUCGGCGAAGCCAGGCGCAGCGGUGCCUUUGGGCUCUGGCUCUGGACUCCAGCGCAGCAUCCUCGCUGCAGCCUCUACGGCUGGCUGCUGCACUUGGUCAGGUGACAUUCACCAUCACCGUUUUCUUCUUUCAUCAACAUCUUCACCACGACCAUCAUCAUCAACAUUUCUCUUCUUCCAUCAGAGCUCUUCAAGUUCUGCAAAGGCAGACUCUAUUCAGGCAUACAGUCUUGUUGCUGGAGAUGACUGUCAGCUGCUUUCCCUGCCUAGCCACCAUCACAUGCCCCACCACCGGAGCCUGGGAAGCCUGACCACAGACCAGCAUCUCCAAGGCAUGAAUAAUUAGGUAGGCAUAAUGGAAGGCACUCACUGCACCCUCCAAUUGCGUAAGCCCAUUACUGAAGUCUGCUUCAUCAGCUUCUAUCUUCCAAGGGGGGAAGUCAGAGGAUUUUCAUACAAGGGCACUGUAACUCUAGACAGAGCCAAUAAAGGGUUUCAUAACUGCUACCAAGUCAGGGAGGGGUCAAACGUCAUCAGCCUCAGCCUGCAGCCAAAUGAACAUCCAGGCGACAUAUUUUUCAAGCAAACUCCCACAAAAGACAUUUUAACUGAGCUGUACAAACUUACAGCUGAGAGGAAGAGACUUCUGGCCAAUCUGCUUAGCUCAGACCACAUCCUGGGGAUUACGAUGGGGAACCAGGAGGGGAAGCUGCUGGAGCUGUCCGUGAGCCUGGCCCCUGAGGACGACUCUUUCCAGAGUGUUGGUGACUGGCCGGGGGAGCCCCCUGUGGGCUGUCUCAGUAAGAGGAGUGCCCAUGGGAACCGCAAGCCACGGAGGUUUGGUGGAAGGAGAGGAAGCUUUGAGGGGCUUCCACAGAAGAGGACGAGAAGGAAAGGGCGUGGGGGCCGGCAGUCGGCUCUUCAGAUGGGGAAGGACCAGAUCUGUUCCAGCAAAUCUCUUCCUCUUUCUCGAACAAGGCCUAAUCUUUGGCUUCUAGAGGAGAGAGGCAGCUCGCUCCCAAGAGUGGCAUUUACUUCCUCCCCACAGUGGAGACAGAGCUGCCCCCCAGAGAUCUCCAGGACACUGGAUCCCAGCCGUGGCUUUGGGAACUUCAGGAAGGCUUCUCAGGACACGGGUCUUGGACGCGGAAGGCUGCCCCCUGACUGCAGCUCCACAGAGCCAGGAGACGAUGGUGCUGGAAAGCCGGAGAGGGGCCCUCUCCGGCUGCCGCACCAGCAGACAGCUUGGUCUGAAAGUCGUGAGGACUCUGAGAAGCAUCCAGAGGCCAAGAGGGGCCAGAAGGAGAAGUCUACGGAGCAUACAUGCAGGAAGAAGCCCAUUUCCAAAGUGGUGGCCAAGGUCCAGGAUCUGUCUACUCAGGUGCAAAGAGUAGUUAGAACGGGCCCUGAGAGUGAGGAAAGCGUUGCCGUUUGCCCAGCGGCCCAAGCUGAGUUUAUACCCAGAGCAGACUGGCUCACCCUCCCAGAAGCCGAGGCUGGGACUCCUAGUUCCAGGUGGCAGGGCCAGGAGCAGCUGGGCGACAGGCUGUGGCAGCUGUCGGACGGGGAAUGCAUUCCAGCCAGCGCCGAGGGGGCUGUGAACAAGGUCCUGCUGAAGGUGAUACAGAGCGAGAAGUUAGAUGAAGCCACUGAGGGGAAAAGGCUGGGCUUCCCCCCAAGCACACCAGGCACCCACACCGUCCCAGAAGCCAGAGGCAAGCGGAAGGCUGGGCUGCCUCUGAGGGAUCACCAAAGCUCUUUUCUGGAUUUGCCCCACCACGGCAGCCCUGACUGGCCACAGCCUGGAGGCCAUGAGAAGAAGCCGUCCCCCUCAGCCCCGGCCUCGCUCAGCAUGCUACUGAAUAAUUCAUCCUCCCAGUCCAGCACGCACAGACGGAUGGCACCUGUUCCCUCGCCUCUCUCUCCAAGGCUCCCCGGCCCUGAGCAGCAUCACGGGGUCCUGCAACUCCCUCCACUGCCUGGUGAGUGGGACGUGGCUCCUGAUGACUCUGCCGGCCGAAAGAGCAGUGCUUUCUCUGGGUCCUCCUCUGCUGACACCUUGGAGCCACCGUCCUCUGCAAAGGUCACGGAGACCAAAGGAGCCAGCUCGACCUUCCUCAGAGCAGGCCACCCACGGUUGGUGUCUGGGGAAUCUCUGGAGAAGAGCCUGGGGCCUGGGAAGACCGCGGCUCGGCCCCAGUACCAGUCGCCUCCAGGCAUCUCCUCCGAGGGCUUCCCCCGGGACUGCGUCAGUGAGCAGACAGCAACUAAAGACCUUCCCCCCAAAGAUGGAGGUGCCUGGUUCCUGGGCUAUCGAGCAGGACCGGCCUGUCCGUUUCUGCUCCACGAGGAGAGAGAGAAGCCAAACAAAAGUGAACUGUACUUGGAUCUCCAUCCUGACCACAGCCCUACCGAGCAGGACGAUAGGACUCCGGGCAGACUCCAAGCUGUCUGGCCACCCCCAAAGACAAAAGACACAGAAGAAAAAGUGGGAUUGAAGUACACCGAAGCAGAAUACCAAGCUGCUAUUUUACACUUGAAGAGGGAACACAAAGAAGAAAUUGAAAACCUACAGGCUCAGUUUGAACUCCAGGCAUUUCACAUCCGGGGGGAGCACGCAGUGGUUACAGCAAGACUAGAAGAAACCAUCGAAACUCUCAAACGAGAGACAGAACACCGAUGGCGAGGAGGACGUGAAGAGAUGAAAGAUGCGUGUAUCUCCACAGGUGAUGACUGUCCUCCAAAGACCUACCGAAAUGUGUGCAUCCAGACAGACAGAGAGACUUUUCUCAAACCCUGUGAAGGUGAAGGCAAGACAAUCAGAAGUAACCAGAUAAUACCCAAAAAGCUGACUAUCUCCUCUUUGAGUCAGCUCUCUCCCCCAAAUGACAACAAAGAUGCCCAUGGACCACUUCAGUCUGUAGAAGGCCUCUCACCAAGUCAGCAGAAGGCAUCCUCUCCACCUCCCGCAACACCACCCCCAGCAGUCGCCCCUCCCCCUCCGCCUCCUCCCCUCCCACCUGGACUUGGACCUUUGUCACCAGUACCUCCGCUGCCACCACCUGUGAGUGCUGGACCGCCACCUCCUCCACCCCCUCCUCUGCCUCCGAGUGCCGGCCCUCCUCCCCCACCUCCUCCUCCACCACCACUUCCUAGUUCCCCUGCUCUGCCCACCAGUGGGGGGCCUCCUCCUCCUCCAACACCUCCAGGACUUGCACCCCCACCCCCUCCUGGACUCUUCUUCGGAGUUGGCCCUUCUUCUAGCCAGUGUCCUCGGAAGCCAGCCAUUGAGCCGAGUUGCCCCAUGAAGCCUUUGUACUGGACUAGAAUACAAAUAAGUGAUAAAAGCCAAAAUGCUACACCGACCUUAUGGGAUUCCUUAGAAGAACCUGAUAUUCAGGAUCCUAGUGAAUUUGAGUAUUUAUUCUCCAAAGACACAACUCAGCAGAAGAAAAAACCUCUGUCAGAGACCUAUGAGAAAAAGAACAAGGUCAAAAAGAUCAUCAAGUUAUUAGAUGGAAAACGAUCUCAAACUGUGGGAAUCUUGAUAUCGAGUUUGCACUUAGAAAUGAAGGAUAUCCAGCAGGCCAUUUUCAAUGUGGAUGACUCUGUGGUUGAUCUGGAGACCUUGGCAGCUUUAUAUGAAAAUAGAGCCCAAGAGGAUGAACUGGUUAAAAUAAGGAAGUACUACGAGACAUCCAAAGAAGAAGAACUGAAGCUGCUGGACAAGCCUGAGCAAUUUUUACAUGAGUUAGCCCAGAUCCCAAAUUUUGCUGAACGGGCCCAGUGCAUAAUCUUCAGAUCUGUCUUUUCGGAGAGUAUCACCUCCUUGCACCGAAAGGUAGAGAUCGUCACAAGAGCUUCUAAGGGCUUGCUGCACAUGAAGAGUGUGAAGGAUAUUUUAGCUCUCAUUCUGGCUUUUGGAAAUUAUAUGAAUGGAGGAAAUAGGACUCGGGGACAAGCAGAUGGAUAUAGCUUAGAAAUUCUACCCAAACUCAAGGACGUCAAAAGUCGGGAUAAUGGGAUUAAUCUGGUGGACUAUGUCGUGAAAUAUUACCUGCGUUACUAUGAUCAGGAAGCAGGAACCGAAAAGAGUAUUUUCCCUCUGCCUGAACCACAAGAUUUCUUUCUGGCUUCCCAAGUCAAGUUUGAAGACCUCAUAAAAGAUUUGAGAAAACUGAAGAGACAACUAGAAGCCAGUGAGAAACAGAUGAUCGUGGUAUGCAAGGAGUCACCAAAGGAGUACCUCCAGCCCUUCAAGGACAAGCUAGAAGAGUUCUUCCAGAAAGGGAAUUCAACCUGUUUUGUUCAACACCUUCGCCAUUGGAAGAUAGCCUCUCAGGCUGUAGUAAGGGACCCAGACUGUCUUCCAUUCAGACUGAUUUUUCUUCAGUGGGCUGCAGGAUAUUUGACAUUAUACUAUGUCAUCUGUGCUUCCACUAUGCUUGUGAACAAAGCAAUCAUCAGGCCCUCUUGACAUAGGAGGGAAAGAGUACUCUGAGAUGUGCUCCUUUUCCAGGGUCUACACCGUCAUGUCCGUGGUAGAUCUAGACACCCAAAGACAGAAUCAGCAACCCUGGGUCUCUCUUGGAGUUAUUUCUGACUACUAUUUCUAACUUGUUUCCAUCAUUCAAGUUUUGUUAUCCAAACACACCUUAUCUAUGAUUUCCUUGGCCUCUGAUUAUUUCCAAUUUUUUUUUAACCUUUCAAAACUACUUGCUCUAAACAACAUCUCCCAAGCUGAUUUUGUGUGUCAGGUCUAAUAAAAUUUGAAAAAAGUUGACUAAGUGCCUAUUGGUAACCAUUCAUUCAUUAUGUAUAGGCCCACGUGUGGGAUAUUGUGCCAAGCAAAGGCAAGAGAUGGUUUCCUGGCUUAGAGAUAUCACAGUGUAGGCUGGAGAGCCAAUCCUAAACCGAUGUGACUGCAGGAAGACCAUUACCAUGCACAGAAUAGUAGAGAAAAUUCAUUCAACCAACAUCGAGUGCCUACAGUGAGUCAGGCUCUGGACCAGGCACAGUUUGUAUAGUCAUGAACAGAAUAAAACAACUUAUAAUUAAGAAAUAAAUAAAAAAGCAAAUAAGUAGCCCAAUAUAUAGUACAUUGUAAAUACUGUGUAUCAUAGAUUGUGGAAUGUUUAGGUUUGGUGGGCGGUGGGGCAGAACUUUAAGAAACCUGCUUUUAAAAAGUGGGAAGGGCUCUCUUCCAUGCUGACAUUUCAGCCAAGGCUGGAUCUAGUCAUUGGAAAUGUAGGAAGAGAAACACCACAAGCAGAAGCACUAUCACAGGUGGCAGGCCUCAGAUGGGUGAGAGCUUGGCAUGCAGAGAAACCAGAGUGGGCUAGAGCCCUGGGGACUAAUGCACGCUGUGUAUACAGAGCUCUGAUGGCCAAGAAAAGGGAUUGUGAUUUCAUGUAUGAUUCAGUGGGAAGCCUUAGAAGAGUUUGUAAAAUGAAAAUAAGACCUCAUUUGUGUUUUAAAAGAUUAUUCUGGUUGUUCUGUAGAAAAUGAAGUGGGGAGGGGGCGCCUGGAUGGCUCAGUGGGUUAAGCCUCUGCCUUCAACUUGGGUCAUGAUCUCAGGGUCCCGGGAUCGGGCCCCAUGUCAGGCUCUCUGCUCAGCGGGGAGCCUGCUUCCCUCUCUCUCUCUGUCUGCCUCUCUGCCUACUUGUGAUCUCUCUCUCUCUCUCUCUCUGUGUCAAAUAAAUAAAUAAAAUCUUAAAAAAAAAAAAAAAAGAAAAGAAAAGAAAAUGAAGUGGGCAAGAGUAGAUAUAAGGAGAUUAUUGAAGUAACUCAGAGUUAAAACAAUAGCACUUUGGGCCAGAGUGAUGGAGGUUGAGAUAGAAGAGUGUGGUAGAUUUGGGAAGUAGAAAAGACUAGGAUUUGGCAAUGAUUUCAACUUUGGUGUUGAAGCAAAGGGAAGCACCAAAAAUAAUUUCCAGGUUUUGAUCAUCUUAGAGACUGGUGGUGUUAUUUAUGGAGUUGUAUAAGACUGAGAAAGGCUAGAUGGGUGAUGAGUAUUAAGGAAAGCACUUGUGAUGAACACUAGGUAUUAUAUGUAAGUGAUGAAUCACUUAAUUCUGCUCCUGAAACCAGUAUUACAAUAUAUGUUAACUAACUAGAAUUUAAAUAAAAUUUUGAAACAAAACAAAUAAGACAAUGAAAGGAAUAGGUUUGUGUUAUGGUGGGGGGACUCAGGGAUAAUUUGAAUUCCCGGAAAGCUGUUUGCAUCAUGGUGUCCAGCAGAGCAAGAGAAAUGCAAAUCUGGAUGUUGAGAAUGUGGUUUGGAGCUGGCAAUAGAAACCUGAGAUUCAUCAGUGAAAGAAUGGUAGCUGUGUGUCUGGCUAAACUUACACAAAGAUAGAAGUGAGGAGAGCCACAGGACAACCUUGGGAGCUGAGUAAUAUUCACAGUGCAAGAGGGAGAAGAAGAGGAAGAACCAAGGGAGGAGAUGGAGAAAGUGAUCAGAGUGGUGGAGAUAUUAACCAAGAUUGAGCAUGGGCAAUAUUGUCUGACUUGCCACUGAUAAAUACUUCGCCUUUCAUGAUAACGAUAGCUCUUUCUGAAAAUGUGUGAUGAGCUGUAAAGCAUUCCUUAUAUGUAACUAAUACAUCUGUAAUGUACGAUAUUUUGGAAGUAAGGAAACCACGUAAGAAUCUGAGCCUCAGCAAAUUACAAUCACAGCAAGACUCCAGGUCCUGCCCAAGGUGACUUGCAUUUCAUGGCCUGAAGGAAAUGGGAGAUGUCCCUUCCAAAUGACGUUCACAUUUAUUUAAUAUGAUCAAUAAUAAAGUGACCCAGGAUUUUGGAAAAAUUCCUUUCUUACCCACUCCUGCUCACACUGCUACCCCCAGUCCCCCCCCCCCCAGGACUGCAAUAUGGGACCUGCUGGUGAUAGCAUGUGCUGCCAUCCCCAAGCCCUUGUUCUCCAACUGUGUGUGGCUUCUAGCACUUAAAUGAAAUCUUAUUUAUUCACAGAUGCCAUUUUAUAGAACUGUAAAAAAGGAAGCACAUGGCUUCUGGAGGGGGCGUGCAGCUCCAACAUGGCCUUCCACUCUUUUUGCAGUAGGAUGUUAUAGCUCCAGGCUCUGUGCCUCCCCCCUUGUAAGUUCAGAGAAGCUCAGUUGUGAAGAAAACUCUGAAAAUGGGAAAGUUACCUGUAAAGCAUUCUGUACCAUCUGUAUGGCUAGACUUCUGUGUGCCAUCUGUGUGGCUUGGUUUCCACAUAGCUGCUUUAAAAUAGAUCUUCA